UUCAAAGUCUCCUUAGCACACAGUUUUUUGGUAGCUAUCCACUUUCAGACCCAGCAGAGAGGUGGAGCUGAAAAUUUCUCUCUCAUAAUUUUCUUUAUUUCUCUUUUCCAUCCCUGUCGUUUUCUCUCUGCACCAUUCUUUCUUUUUCUUCCUCUCUCUCCCUAUCGUUCUUCAUUUAUAUAAACCUCUGGUUAAUAAACAAAGAAGCUUAAGUCAAGAGAUGGCUCACAUGGGCAGUUCCAUUGCGCUCCUGCUGCUCAUGAUCUUCGUCUCGACCUCAACAUCAACUGCUGCGACCUUCACCUGCAACUCUACUGCAAAGUGUAGGUCCCUGGUGGGCUACCCUUCUCCCAACACAACUUCCAUUUCCACCAUUCAAAACCUCUUCAAUAUCAAGAACCUCCGUACCCUUCUCGCCGCUAAUGACCUUCCUGCCUCUACCGGAAAAAACUACACAAUUCAAGAAAACCAGGUCCUCAAAAUCCCGAUUCCCUGCGUUUGCUCCAACAACACAGGUGUGUCCGAUAAGAUGCCAGUGUACACUAUAAAGAAGGACGAUGGAUUAUAUCAUAUAGCAACAGAUGUAUUUGGACGAUUGGUAACAUCUUCGGAAAUCCAGGUGGCUAAUAAUAUUCCAAAUGCAGACUUGAUAAUUGAAGGCCAAAACCUUACCAUUCCAUUGCCAUGUAGCUGUGAUAGUGUCAACAAUCAGAAGGUGGUUCAUUAUGCACACGUUGUGGCUGAAGGGAGCACACUUGAAGCCAUUGCUCAACAAUUUGGAACCAACACGGACACCUUGGUGCAGCUUAAUGGUAAUGGUACUCUUAAGGCUGGCACUGCCAUUGAUGUUCCUCUUCAAGCUUGUAAUUCAUCAGUCAAAACUGAUUCAUUAGAUAGCCCUUUGCUUGUUGCUAAUGGAACUUCUGUAUACACUGCCAACAAUUGCGUGAAAUGCAAGUGUGAUGCUGCAAACAAUUAUACAUUACAAUGUGAGCCAGCCAACCUUCAGGGGUUCAAUUGUUCAUCUAUGUUAUGUGAUGGUUCAGAAUCUUUAUUGUUAGGCAACACCACUAUCAGUGGUUGCAAUCAGAUGACGUGUGCAUAUGCUGGUUAUGCUAGCAACCAAACCAUCUUCACAACACUUAACACAUUGUCUACUUGUCCAGCUCCUAACAGUAAUAAUGCUUCCAAGCUCGGAUUGAAUUCAAACUUUGUUAUCUCCAUUAUCUUGAGCCUCCUUUAUCUCUAUCUUUCUCGUUAACAUUACCGUACUUAUGGGUUUGCUCAAUUUUUCUUCUUCAUGUUGUAUUGAGUAUAGGAAUGGAGUAGUGUGAUGUUAUGUUUUGAUGUAGUAAUAGUGUAUGAGAAAUAUGUGUGUAAUGCUGAAUGCUAGUGCGGUGUAUGUAACUCUUUCACUUGAAGAGUUGUAUCUCAAUGAUUAUUUGUAAUUCUAUUAUGGGUGGCAAUAAAAGUCUAUUCCUGCUUAA